AUGAGUUCCAUUUGGGCUCUCAUGGCCAGUUGGUUAACUUCCACCUGGCUCUUCCCCUUCCUCAGCCUCACCAUCCUCACCAUGUUCCUCACCUCACAUUUCGGCUCUCACAAAAAACCAUCACAACAACACCAACUCGCUCAUGCCCCGUCUCUGCUCGACCGAGUUAGGUCCUUCAACUUCUCACUCUACAAGUUCCAGCAAACCAACACGACCCCGAUCACAGAGUUUCUCCAACCCGAUCACGCCAAUCUGGAUCAUCCUCCUGCCCAACUCACCCGACCUCCUCUUUUGGACCGGCUCAACUGCUUCAACUUCUCAUCCCUCUGCAGAUCUGAUUCGUCGGCCGUCCCGGAAAUGGGUUCUGCAAAUCUCUCUCAAUCUUCUCUAGGAACUAGUACUCUUGCAACUUCGUCCAUGGCUUUCGACGGACCCUCUUCCUCUUCCUCCUCUUCUUCCAUUAGUAGAUGGGAUGUAUUCUUGAGUUUUAGAGGCAAGGAUACUCGUAACAAUUUUACUGCCCAUCUGUGCGCAGCUUUGCGUCGAGAGGGAAUCCUCACCUUCAUGGACGACAAGCUCAGAACUGGAGAGAAAAUUUCACCCGCACUUGUCAAAGCCAUUGAAGAGUCUGAUAUUUCAAUUAUUGUACUCUCUAAAAACUACACAUCAUCCCAAUGGUGCCUAGAUGAGCUAAUGAAGAUAAUCGAGUGUAGAAAAAUAAGGAGGCAAAAGGUUUUACCAUUGUUCUACGAUGUAGAUCCGUCAGAAGUACGACAUCAAACCAAAAGUGUUGGAAAAGCGUUUGCUACACUUGAAAAAAGGUUCAAGGAUGAUGUAAUGAAAGUACAGAGGUGGAAGACCGUCCUAAAAGAAGUGGCCGAUUUGUCCGGCAGUUCUCUGGCUAACAGGAAUGAACCUGAAUUUAUUCAGGAAAUCAUUGAAUGGGUGAAUUCGAGAUUAGUGAAUAAUACAUACUUCCAAGUUGCCCAGUUUCCGGUUGGAAUAAAGUCUCGUUUACAAGAUGUGAAGUUACUUUUAGAUAUAGAGAAGAAAAUUGAUCGUACAUGCAUGGUAGGGAUCUUCGGAACAGGUGGAAUUGAUAAGACAACUCUCGCGAAAGCCAUUUACAACUCGAUUGCUUCUCAAUUUGAAGGCAGUUGUUUUCUUGAAAACAUUAGAGAAACUUAUGACCAACAGGGCGGUCUGAUCCAAUUGCAAAAUAAACUUCUUUCUAAGAUUCUAGGAGGUUCAAAUUUAAUGGUUGACAAUGUUGAUGAAGGAAUUACUUUAAUAGAGCAGAGGCUUCGCCUAAAAAGGUUACUUAUAGUUCUUGAUGACGUGGAUCAUUCAAACCAAUUAGAAAAGAUUGCUGGAAAUGGCGAUUUGUUUGGUUUAGGAAGUAGAAUAAUCAUAACAACUAGAGAGAAACAUUUACUUACUAGGCAACACGUUUUAACCUAUGAGCUUAAGGAAUUAGAUUGCAACGAAGCUCUUCAGCUAUUUAGUUGGCAUGCCUUCAAUAAAGAUAGACCUGGCAAUGGUUAUGAGACAGUCACAAAAUAUGCAAUACAUUAUGCUGGACGAUUGCCACUAGCUUUAGUUGUGCUAGGCUCGACUCUAAAAGGUAGAGAUAUACUUUAUUGGGAAAGUAAAUUGGAUGAGUACAAAAGAAUUCCUCAUGGCGAUAUUCAUAAAAAACUUAAAAUAAGUUUUGAUGGAUUGAAUGAAAAUGCGAAGAAUAUUUUUCUUGACAUUGCGUGUUUCUUCAAUGGAAUGGAUGUAAAAUAUGUCACAAAAAUACUAGAUAGAUGUGGUUUUUACCCCAAAAGUAGCAUCAAGGAGCUAGAGGAUAAGAGUCUCCUAAGUGAGUAUUGCGAAUUGUUUGUGAUGCAUGACUUAUUGCAAGAAAUGGGUAGAGAAAUUGUUCGACAAGAAUCGCCCAAAGAACCUGGUAAACGUAGCAGAUUGUGGUUUCAUGAAGAUGUUCGCCAUGUCCUAGAAGAAAAUACGGGAUCAAACGAAGUUGAGGGCAUAGUGAUAGAUUUGCCUAAACCAGACUUGAUACGCUCGAGUCCCAAAUCCUUCAAGAAGAUGAAAAGGCUCAGGCUGUUUAUAAACCAUAAUGCAUACUUAUCUGAAGAGCCUAAUUUUCUCUCUAAUGAGUUAAGACAGCUUGAUUGGCCUAAUUAUCCUGGAGAAUCUUUUCCAUCCAAUUUUUGUGGAAGGAACCUUGUUUAUUUAAGAAUGCCGGAUAGUCACCUCAAGGAAUUGAAGGGAGUCCUGAAUUCCCAAAACUUGAUAUCUAUGAAUUUCUCUAAUUGUAGAUUUCUUACAAAAAUCCCUGAUGUUUCAAGGAUUCCAAAUUUAGAGACAUUUUAUCUUGAUGGUUGCACAAAUUUAGUUGAGGUUCAUUGUUCUGUUGGAUUCCUUGAUAAGCUCGUUAAUUUGAGUCUAAAAAGUUGCUCUAAACUUAGAAUUUUCCCGAGAAGCCUUAAGUUAAGAUCUCUAAUUCGUCUUGUUCUUGGAGGUUGCUCAAGUCUUAUGAAUUUUCCUGAAAUUGAGUGUCAAAUGGAAUGUUUAAGUCACAUCGAUGUUGGUGAUACUGGUAUAGAUGAACUGCCUUCAUCCAUUGGAUACCUCAUUGGGGUUAAAACAUUAAAUAUGGGUGGUUGCAGAAACCUUAAGAAUCUUCCGGAUAGCAUUCAUAAGUUGCAACUUUUAGAAAAUCUUUUUCUCAAUAAGUGUACUAGUAUAAAAGAACUGCCUUCAUCCCUUGUGAACCUUGUUGGGCUUGAAAAAUUACAUCUAAACGACUGCAUAAACUUCAUGAAUCUCCCAAAUGGCAUUUAUCAGUUGCAACAUUUGGAGUCUCUGAAUUUGUCAAAUUGCAAGCAACUUCAAGAAAUUCUUGAACUUCCACCAAAUGUAAAGUACGUGGAAGCUAGCGGGUGCGAGUCAUUGGCAAUAUUUUUAGAAGAAGCUAGAAGACCUCAUUUGAUUAAUGUAUGGGGCCCACCAGAUCCUGUGGGGAUUGGAAUGGUAUUUCAAGCUUACACUCUGAGAAAGUUGGAUCUAUCAAGUACUAAUAUUGUUACCAUUCCUCGAUGCAUCGAAAGUUUUGUUGGAUUGGAGGAGCUUACUUUGGAAAAUUGCAAACAACUUUGA